AGAUAAAUUUGAUCCAAAACCCAGAGAGCACAGGGAUCUGACUAAGGCGGUGACAUACUACAUAGCCAAGGAUAGGAUGCCUCUGAAUAUUGUUUCUAAGCCUGGUUUUCAGCACCUCUUGAGCAAGUUUAACCCUAAAUAUGAUUUGCCAAGCAAGAACUACUUCUCCAGAGUCGCUAUUCCCAUCACUUUAUGCGGAUGUUCGCAAAGUUGUGGAGAGAGAAUUAAAGAGUGCAGAUUGUUUUGCGGCAACUGUUGAAACAUGGACAUGCAGAAGCAAUGAAAUGUAUGUAACAUGUGGAGUUCAGUUUGUGGAUAGUGACUGGAUGCUCAAAACACAUUGCCUGCAGACCCAGUACUUACCAGAUGAACACACUGGUCAGAGUCUGAAGUGUGCCCUUGAAGAUGUGCUGGAGGAAUGGGGGUUGGACACUACCAACCUUGUUGCUGUCACCACAGAUAAUGGACCUGCUGUCAAACAUGCCUGUGAGUUGUUAAGCUGGAAAAGACUUAACUGCUUCAGUCAGAAUCUUCAAUGUUCUAUCCAAAAGGGUCUUGAUGAUUCACGCAUUGAACGAAUUAUUCAACUGUCUCGUCAGAUAUUCUCUCAAUUUUCGCGCAGUUGGAAAAGGAAGAAGGAAUUUUCUAUAGCUCAAGGUCAGAAAGGGCUUCCGAGAAAUUCACUGAAAGUGGAUGUUAACAACAAGUGGGAAACAACUUUGGAAAUGCUCGAAAGGAUUCUUGAGCAGCAGGAUGCUAUCAGAGCUGUAUUGGCCCAUGAUCGAAAGAUAUGUCGUCUUCUCCCAACAUGGCAGGACAUUGAUGUCCUUGAGUCCGUUAUAAGUGUUUUAUGCCCAUUCCGUGAAAUGACUGAGGCUUUAUCUUCUGAGAAAUUCAUUGCUAUUUCAGCAAUAAAUCCUCUAAUAAAACAUAUAUGUAAUGAUCUCAUAAGAGAGGAACAAGAGGAACUAACUCUUGGCUUUCUAAUGCGAAUGAGAAUCAAACGGGACCUUGAAAUACGAUAUGGAGACCCAGAACUGACUCAUUUUCUGGAAAAGGUUACAUUCAUUGACCCCCGAUUUGGCCCCACUUGUGUAGAUGAUCUAGAAAAUGUCCUGCAGCAAAUUAAAGGGGAAUUACUUGCUGGAAAAGUAACUGAAGAACCUUCAUUAUUUCAAAUUAGCUUUGAUGGCUCAACGCUUUCUCCAUCAAACCCUUGCAGUUGGUAUGAUCGAGAUAGCCCAGGGCCAAGUCAGCCAAAGAAAGCCAGAUAUGGAGGAGGACUUGCAAAGGUAUUUGGAAAGCAGAGUGGAGACGGAGGCACGGACAAAAUGGUAACGACUUGUGUUUCACUGCAGGAGCAGCUUGACCGAGAGCUGGAUUUUUAUUUCAAGGAACCAAAACUCUCCUUGGAAAACUGUCCUCUUCAGUGGUGGAAAGCAACCCAAAAUUGCCUGCCCUUGUUGGCAAAACUAGCCAAAAAGUACCUCUGCAUCUCUGCAAUACAUGUAGCAUCUGAAAGAGCCUUUAACAACAGCAGUUCUGCAUUUGGUGAAAAUCGAAGCAGCGUGAAGCCAAACCAUAUGGACCAGCUGGUGUUCUUAGCUGAAAAUCUUCCAUGAGCUUAACGACUUUGAAAAAAUAUGUUUUUAAAAAAGUGCAGGAUUGUGCUUACUGAUUUGGUUAAUCAAAUGUGAAAAAUAUCAUUGUGAAAUGAAAUAUCUAUAUGGGCCAGGAUGAAUCCGAUUUUAAAUGAUCGUUGGAUGGCGAACUUGAGGAUCAACAAUUAGUUAUUAGGAAUGGAUCUAUUUUUUUCCCUCUAAUUUACAGAUGGUUGUUUUCCAUUGCAUAAGUUCUCCUUAAGGCACAAAUUGCAAUGCUUUUAUUGCUUAGGUAGCAGAUGUUCCUUUUCCCUCAUGUUGUUCUUUGUCUCCAGGUAAUCAGAUAUGAAGUCCUGUCCUUCUACAUUAUGCUUCUUCAAGAAUGGUAGUGCAGGGUGGAUCGAAGACACACAGCUGAGGAGACCAUCAUUUGUCAGCAGAAAUCACAUCUAUGCUGCAAACUCACAUAUUGCUGGGCUGGUGUGACCUACUGAUUCUUUUUUUCUGUUAGGCUCCCCCUAAGCCAAAGCACCAACAUUUUUAUUCAGUUGACCAAUAAAUACAUCAUUUUUUUUGAAAAUAUUAAAGAAAAAACAAGUUUUAAUCUGCUUACUUUUCUCUCAGUAUUUUUCAUGCUUGCAUAUUUGCUGAACAAUUACGAGGAAGCUCCAUGUGUAUUUAUAGUAAUGAAUCAAUGAACUGCUUUUCAGUCAAUUUAUCAGACAAUGUACACUGACAGCACUAAUGUAUCAAGAAUGAAGAAUAAAUUGAAGGGAGAAAUAAUUAUUAAUUCAGCACUCCUACUACCCAAAAACCCAAAUACUAAAGCUCCUGCUGUAAAUAGAAAAUGGAACUGAGGUAUUUAAAUUUGUGUCGUUAUCCAAAAUAUUUUAAUGCAGUUUAUUUAUAUAUUAUGAUAAAAGUUGUGUAUAACAUUUUUAUCCUUAAAUAUUAUUGCUAUAAUAAUUUUUAUGCCAACGUUUAACAUUUAUAGUGGAAUUCUUUAGGUAAACAUUUAUGUAAGUACUUUAUAAUGGAAAAGUGUGUAAAAUUUCACUCGCAUGAUUUGUUGAUAAAUCAUUUAUAUAAAACAAUCAUUGGCUACAUUUUUAAUUUUCCUGAAAUUUCAAAAAUCCACAUGCCUUUAAAUCAGUGUUAAAAACUUUUGUAUUUCACUUAAUUCAUUGAAUUGUGUAUUUUGAUAUGUUAAAAAAAUGUCAAAGAUCUAAGCACAUGUAAAGUCUCUGGUUUGGAUUAUGAAAUUGCACAAAAUAGUGACUAUUGAUUCAAAUUUCCUCCCAUAGUCCAAAGACUUGCAAGUUUGUAGGUUAAUUGGCCUCUGUAAAUUGUGUGCAGGGUAGAACUAGUGUAUGAGGUCAUCGUUGGUCGGCACGGACUUAGUGGGCCGAUGGGCCUGUUUCCACAUUGUAUCUCUAAAACUAUAAAAUUACAACUGAAACUUCCUAAUCAAGAACCUAUUACUCUCUGCCUUAAAAAAUACCCAAUGUCUUGGCCUCCACAACUAUCUGUGGCAAUGAAUACCACAGAUUCACCAUCCUCAGGCAAAAUAAAUUACUCCUCAUUUCCAUUUUGAAGGUACCGUACAUCCUUUUAUUCUGAGGCUGGGUCCUAUGGUUCUAAAUUCUCCCAUUACUAGAAACAUACUUUCCACUUCCACUCUAUAUAGACCUUUCAUUAUCCAGUAAGUUUCAAUGAGAUCCCUGCACAUCCUGCUAAACUCCAAUGAGUACAGACCCAGAGCUAUCAAAUGAUUCUCAUACUUGAACACAAUGAUCCCCGGGAUCAUUCUCUUCUGGAGCCUCUCCAAAGCCAGCACAUAUUUCCUUAGAUAUAGGGCCCAAGACUUCUUAUAAUAUUCCUAAUGUGGCCUCAGUAGUGCCUGAUAAAACUUUAGCAUUACAUUCUUGCUUUUAUAUUCUAGUUCUCUCAAAAUUAAUGCUAGCAUUGCAUUUGCCUUCCUUACCGCAAACUCAAUCUGCAAAUUAACCUUUUGGGAAUCCUGCAUCAGUACUCCCAAGUCCCUUUGUACCUCGAUUUUUAAAUCUUAUCCGCAUUUAGAAAAUAGUCUACAUCUUUAUUCCUUUUACUAAAGUGCAUGACUUUGUGUACACUUCUAAAGUGUACACUUUGCUGCACUGUAUUGCAUUUGCCACUGCUUUGCCCACUCUCCCAACCUGUCCAAGUCCUUCUGCAGCCUCCCUGCUUCCUCAACACUACCUGCGCCUCCACUUAUCUUCCCGAUAACUCCUGCGGAAUACCACUAGUCAUUGGCAGCUAACCAAAAAAGUACCCCUUUAUACCCUCUUUGCCUUCUGCCAGUCAGCCAAUCUUUUCUCUGAAUUCAAAACCUUCAGUAUCCAAAAAUAAUUUGCAUCCAUCUUGAAGAGUACCUAUUUUUUAACUUUAUUCACAAAGCAACAGCAUUAUCAUACUUUGAUGUAUUUUUGACAGAGCUGACCAUUACAACCGUCUCCCAUAUCCUCCAUCUUCCCAAACAAUCCCUCUAUCUCGGGCUAUUGAGCCUACUCAAAGUUUGCAGCAAUAGUCUGCCAUACAGCAAAAAGCAGUUAUUACACCCUCCAAGUUUGUGUUGUGUAUCCAUUUACACUAAUUGUACAUUAAUCCCAUUCAAUAAGCCAGUCAUCUGUUAUAGACCUUGUAUAUUAAAUAUGAAUUGUAUUGAAUGGUCAAAGCCUCUAUUCCAAAAAAAAAGCAUCUAUCUUCCUUUUGAUUUUUAUUUAUUCACAAGACAGCAUCAGCAACAUCAUGGCUUGUUUUCACUUUUGUAAUGUAAUAAUCUCAUGUAUCAACCUUAUUUUGGUUUAAUCUGAGAAAAAAAAUCAUACCUAGUUUCCAACAUGCCAAACGGUAUGGUAGGUUUCAACUUAUGCCUUUUAGUAACCAUUCUCUGCUUUCAUAACAAUUUAGGUAGUGAAACUGCAAAGGUAGAAUGUUAAAACCAAGCAAAACAUAAAGUGCUGCAGUUAACUCAGUGGGUCAGGCAGCUUCUGUGGAGGGAAUGGAUAGGCUGAAAUUGCUGGAAGUCCCAUUGUACAUGGGCAUUUAAAAUUCAAAUUUAUAAUAUCAGAAAUUUGCAAAACCAGAACAUUGGUCUGAAUGAAUCCAAUGCAGAACUAUUAACAUAAAUGAAUGCUGGCUUUCCGAUCUGAGGGGGCUAGUAAAACAGACAGGCAGACUAAGCAUCUACCUGUAAUUUUCAUCUUAACUCUUCAGUUCCUGGGUAGCAGACAACAAGAAAAGCAUACAACAUUUGCCUUACCAAUAGGUGGUUGAUAACUUUGCAUUUUGAAUGACUGGGUAUUCAGUUCUUAAAUAACAGUAGCCAACUUUGCCUACCCUUCAGGAGUACAGAAGACGUGUGAUGGUACUGCUGGAGGAAAGUGUGGAUAAACCAAAGUGAGGUGUAUAUUGGAUUAGUGUAAAUGAAGCAGUUCCAACUCUGAUGGCUAUUUAGAAUUGUAGGAAACUUUUUGUCAGCUGGCCACUAAAGUACUUUAUUAACAAUGAAAUUGCAUAUCAUAUGGUUUAAUGGUUAGUUCACCGGACAAAACUGGUAAAUAUUACCAGUUCAGCACUGGACAGCAGUAAGUGCAUUUGGCCCCUCUUAUUCUUAAAAUAACAAUAAGACCCACCAUCCAGGUCAUGCCCACUUCUUACUACUACCACGGGCAGGAGGUACAGAAGCCUAAAGUCCUACACCACCAGGUAGAGGAACAGCUACUUUUCUAUAACAGUCAGGUUUUUAGAUCAUGAUCAUAUGAAGUAAGAGCAGAAUUAAGCCAUUUGGCCCAUCAACUUUGCUGCGCCAUUUGAUUAUGGCUGAUUUAUUUUUCCCUCUCCAGCCCAUUCACCUGCCCUGUAAUCUUUGACAUCCUUGCCAAUACAACCUUGCUUAGAUAUGGGGCCCAAAACUGCUCACAAUAUUCCAAAUAUGGUCUUGACCGGCACCUUAUAAAGCCUCAGCAUUACAAUCAUGCUUUUAUACUGUGGUCCUCUCGAAAUGAUUGCUAACAUUCCAUUUGCCAUCCUUACUAUUUACUCAACCUGCAAAUUAAUCCUUUUGGGAAUCCUACACCAGCACUUCCAAGUCCCUGUGCACCUCCAAUUUCUGAAUCCUUUCCCCAUAUAGAAAAUAUUACACCUUAAUUUUUCUACAAAAGUGCAUGACUAUGCACUGCUACAAUGUAUACAAUUUUCCAUUUAUUUGUCCAUUCUUCCUACCUGUCCAAGUUCUUCUGCAGACUCCCUGCUUCCUCAACAAUACCUGCCCCUGACAAAGAUGACAAUUCAUGUAAUCUGCAAAAUUGGCCACAAAGCCAUCAAUUCCCUCAUCCAGAUUGGAACACUGCUAGUCACCGGCAGCCAACCAGAAAAGCCCCACUUUAUUCCACUCUUCGCCAUCUGCUAGUCAAAUAAUUUUCUAUCCAUGGUAGUACCUUGCUUCUAAUACCAUGGUCAUCUAUCUUGUUUAGCAACCUCACGUGCGGAACUUUAUAUCAAAGGCCUUCUGAAACUGACUUGCACAACCUUAAUCACACCAAUGGAAAUCUGCAGACCACCUCUUGCACUAUCAUGGGGUUGUUUUGCUCUAAUGCCUUUAUUUUUUGUAUCUGUUUCUUUUCAAUGUCUUGUAGAAUUUAUAUGUAAUUUAUGUACAAUUUAAGUGACAUUUAUGUUUUUAUUUUGUUCGUUAUGUACUUAUGAUGUUUUAUUGGGGUUGAUUUUCAUAUGGCUAUGGUAAUUCGCAUAUCACUGUACCUUAAUUGGUACGUGACAAUAAAAGACCUCUGAAACCUUU